ACACGAACGAAACAAGAAAUAAACAAAGUGAUUCAGUUCAUUUCAUAAUAGCCAUCGUAUUUAUUUAUAUUUAUUGAUUUAUAGAAAAAGUUAGACUUUGAGAGGCACAAUAGCUUAGUACAAUUUUUCCCAGAAUCCCAGAUACAUCAAUUAUAAAGUGACAAAAUGGUUAUAUAAGUAUAUCUUUGAGGUUACCUACUUUGUUUUUACAAAUUUUUAUCCAUUGAAAUCGUGGUACAUCGUUCUUUACUUAAUAACAUACUACACAUAUAUUAAUUGGUACAUAGUUAGGUUUACUUCAUCGAGGAAUAAGUUUUGUACAGGAUUUACGAUCAUGAGUACUAUCAUAAGAAAUUUACCAUGUUUCUUAUUAAAUGUAAUAAACAGAAGAAAAAUCGAAUCGCCAUUAAGGAAAAUACAAUACAUGGUUUUAGACCUGAAUGCAGGUUUGCAAAAUGGAUAUUAUAAAAUAGUAUCUUUUGAAGAAUUUAAUGCUAAACAAACUUUUAGUAUAACAUGCAGAAAUGACUUCUUAAGUAUACAAGACAUUUUAAAAAGUUUAAAACAAAACAUCUGGUUGGAAAUUGUUAACAUUCAGACAUUCAGUAAAUUUGAAUGCUGGAAAAAUACUUACCCAGAUAGUUUAAAUUCUGGAAAGGCGGGACUACAUAAUCUUCAAAUCAAAAGGCCACCAUUUGAUGCAAACAACCCAUUCUUAGCUCAAAUAAUUAUUAACAAGGAAUUGCAUAAAGGUGGGAAUAGAUCAUGUCUUCAUUUGGAGUUUGAUAUAUCUAAUUCUAAAAUGGAUUAUGAAGCUGGUGAUUAUGUAGCAGUGUUUCCGAAAAAUUACUCUAGUUUGGUUGAACAACUUGGAGAAUUGACAAAUACAGAUCUCAGUGAAGGUAUCUCACUGAGCAACAAAGACAAUCAGACCACAUCAUACCACACAGCUUUAUCACAUUAUGUAGAGAUUACAGCAUUACCGUCCCCAGAUGUUAUGAUGAAGUUGGCAGAGUAUUGCAGCAAUCAAAACGACAAAAAUAAAAUGACACUCAUGGGGACAAACUCCGAAGAAGGAAAAACAUUAUACAAGACAUUUAUCGAAGAUGCUAGACGAAAUAUUGUACAUAUUUUAGAAGAUAUAAAAUCAUGUAAACCACCUCUGGAUCAAAUUUGUAGGCUUUUGCCACGUCUUCAGCCAAGAUACUAUUCAAUUUCCUCUAGUCCGAAAUUGUUUCCAGAAUCAGUUCACGUGACGGCCGUUGUGGUGAAGUACCAAACGAAGUCGGGGCGCGUGAACCAGGGCGUGACGACCGCGUGGCUGGCCGGACGUCAGCCCGCGUCCGCUGAGCCGCUGCCGACAGUGCCCAUUUAUAUAAGGAAAUCAGAAUUUAGACUGCCAGCUAGUACAAAAACGCCGAUCAUAAUGGUGGGAACAGGCACAGGUCUGGCGCCUUUCCGCGGAUUCCUGCAGGAGAGAGCUCACGCUCGGUGGAACGGCGGCGACGUCGGCGAAACUAUCCUUUAUUUUGGAUGUAGACAUCGGGAUCAAGAUUUCAUAUAUCAAGAGGAGCUGGAGGAGUAUGAGAAAUGUGGCCUCUUGAAACUCAACUUGGCGUUCUCCAGAGACCAAUAUCAAAAAGUUUACGUCACUCACUUGCUUGAAAAAAAUUUGGAGCAAAUAUGGAACAUUCUCGGCAACCGAAAUGGACACUUCUAUGUGUGUGGGAACGCGAAUAAUAUGGCAGUGGACGUGAGAAAUAUCGUCCUGCGGGCUAUAAGGGAGGUUGGCAUGAAAUCAGAUGAAGAUGCCAUCAAAUUUCUUAACUACCUAGAAUCCAUUAAGAAGUAUUGCUCAGAUGUGUGGAGUUGAAUCAAGUUUUGUUAUUGGGACGAGAAUUCUAAAUAAGUAGUAAAUCCCCAUGAUUCAAUUAGAAAACGGGUACCGCCAUAUAACAGGGAUUAAAAUAAUAAAUAAUUGAUAUGUACGUACACGUACAGUCAUAUUUAAAAUAAUUGCUUAGUUUAUUUUUGGUAUAGGUAAAGUACCUAACGCGUUAUUUUCUCUCUGUGAUGUAUUUUUUACUAAGAAAUAAUGUUCAUUAUAUAUAAAGAUAAUGUUGAC